UCGGGUUUCAGUGAUGUGGGUGAAGUGAACAUGAAAAUGGUAGUGGUUUUGUUAUUGGGGAUGUUUUUGGCUCGAACUGUGUCCCACACAAUAACUUCGCUAGAGGUCCCGCGGUGGACGGACCCCAGCAAGGAGGCGGAUCUCCGUUGUCAGUAUACGCGGCAACGCAACGACCCUGCGCUGCACUCCGUCAAGUGGUACCGGGGCACGCACGAGAUCUUCCGAUAUACCCCGCACGAGUACGAAAGCACGCAAACCUUCAACGAAUCCGUGACCAACAGUUCGUGCAAUCUCGAGGAGUGCAGGAUUGUGGUCCGGCCUGAGCGGGGCACGGCAAAAUAUACGUGUGAGGUGUCGAGCGAAGGACCGCGGUUCGCUGUAGAUCGGCGGGCUGCCAACAUGACGCUAGCUGUACUACCAGAGUACGACCCCCUCAUCACGGGCCUGCCGACGCUAGUGCAGACCGGCGAGCAAGCGCUUAUAAACUGCACGUCAGACUAUUCGCUGCCAGCAGCUACGAUAGAUUGGUUCGUGGAUUCCGAACCACAGGAGGACCCCCUAAUAACGCACCCAACACACAUAUCCGGGCCCGACAGCGAAGGCCUGCGAGCAUCUUGGCGGACACUGCGCAUAUAUCCCGACGACUACGAAACACACCGGGGCUACCUCGCGCUGCGGUGUCGCGCGACGGUACCGACGCGCCCCCCGAAUAUUAGGGCUAUGUCGGUGCGGCUGUAUGUGGCGACGCGCCCGCAUAUAUCAACGUACAUGUUUAGUAAGAAUAAAGCAGCCGCGGGCUGCGCGCGCCACCGCCUCCGCUCGGAGAUGAUCGUGUGGACCCUUCUACUGCUGGCCAGGAGACGAGUGCCUUUACGAGACUAGAUUAUCAUAUCGCACUCUCGCCAGGGAAACUUCAAAAUUGUUGCGAAAAUCCAUAUUGAUUAACCCUUCGAAUGCCUUGUCCCGUAUACGUCACAGACAAUUUGAACUUUAAUUUACAAUUUCAAGGUUAUUAAUUCGGUAACAAAUGUUUGACACUGGCGUUCGAGGAGUUAAUCAAACAUACCUAUUAGGUUAAUUCGCGAUAAUAUCUUUGUUUUAAUAAAAAAACCGGCUUGAAUUGUUAUUAAUAUGAUGGAAGCUUUACGCACACCAUAGCGCAAUCAAGCAUUACGAGUACAUUA